AUGACGCUUUCUCGUGAACUAUUAACCUCUGCACGGCCGAAAUCGCCCGUGAAUAUCACCAGAGACGGUCGAAAAGAUCUUCAUUAUUUGAAAUACAAAAUUUUUAUUUUAAAAUGUUCUUUUUGCAGAUUAAUUGUAGUAUUAAAACACCAGAUACACAUUUUUAGCUUUCCAAACAAUCCAUCAAAGUUAUUUACAUUUGAUACAAGAGAAAAUCCAAAUGGUCUUUGUGAAGUCAGUCCAUUUGCAAGUGCAGAACGUCAGUUACUUGUAUUUCCUGGUCAUAAAUGUGGAAGCAUACAAUUAGUUGACUUAACUACAACUGAACCUGGAAUGUCAAGUGCCCCUGUGACUAUAAGUGCUCAUCAAGCAGAAAUUGCAUGUAUAGCAAUUAAUCAGCAAGGAACAAUGGUGGCUACGGCAUCAAAAAAAGGAACAUUAAUAAGAGUUUUUGAUACAAUGAAACGAAUUCAACUUGUGGAAUUGAGAAGAGGGGCAGAUCCUGCUACAUUAUAUUGCAUUAAUUUUAGUCACAAUUCAGAAUUUCUUUGCGUUUCAAGUGACAAAGGAACAAUCCACAUAUUUGCUUUGAAAGAUACAAAACUAAAUCGUCGUUCUACAUUUUCAAAAAUGGGUUUCCUGGGUCAGUACGUUGAUUCUCAGUGGGCUUUGGCUAAUUUCACAGUUGCCGCUGAAUGUGCAUGCAUAUGUGCCUUUGGAUCAAAAUAUUCGGUUUACGCAAUAUGUGUGGAUGGAACGUUUCACAAAUACGUUUUUACUCAAGAUGGCAAUUGCAACAGAGAGGCAUUUGAUGUUUUUCUUGAUGUGUGUAGCGAUAGCGACUUUUAAUUACAUGUAAAUACCGAUAAUGUAUAUCACAUUUUAUAUAAAAAAAAGUGUUUUAUCAUUCUUAUUAUAUAUGAUAAUAUGUAAGAAGAAUUAAAUAUAU